ACCUCACAAUAUAAUGAUCCCAUCCCACUUCUACUUUGCCGCUUUGUGUUCCAUGAAAUGUCGCAACACUAAACAAACAUGCCGGACCUACCAUCUCAGAACGAUCCCGAUGGUGGCGCUACUGCUGAGGUAACGUCACCGGUUCCCGCUCAGACGGCAACUGAACAGACCGACACUAACAUUCUCCCCCCACAACACUGGGCGCAAUUGCCGGAACAAGACGAGCAAGACGAUGUUGACUCAGCUGUGUUUGAUAACGUCAGCUCAACUGUGUCCCUGACGUCUAGCAUCCUCAAUUACAGGACGAUCCAAGGCAGAAAAUACCACAGCGAGCGUGGAAAUGCCGAGUACUGGGGUCCCAUCGACGAUACCCAUCGGGAAGCGAUGGAUAUCAAUCACCAUGUCCUCACCCUCUUACUAGGGGAUAAACUCCACCUAGCUCCGCUACCAGAAAACAUCAACAAAGUUGUAGACAUUGGAACUGGAACAGGCAUCUGGGCAAUCGAUUUUGCUGACGAGUUUCCCCAUCUCUCAGUUAUUGGGACUGAUCUAGCACCCACACAACCAAGUUGGGUUCCACCAAACCUCGAGUUCCAAAUUGAUGACUGUACGCAAGAUUGGACAUUUCAGAACGAUUCUCUUGAUUACGUCCAUAUGCGCUGGCUUGUUGGCAGCAUCAAGGAUUGGACAGCCCUCUUCAAACAGGCCUAUAAAUGCCUCAAGCCGGGGGGCUAUAUUGAGAGCUUCGAGCCUUCAUCGCGUCUUCAGAGUGAUGACGAUUCCGUUUCUGAGACGAGUGCUAUGAGCCAAUGGGGAAAAUUCUUCGUUGAAGGAGGACGCAUACUUGGCCGGCCGUUUACAGUCUUUGAAGAUGGUUUACAGAAGAAGGCCAUGCAGGAAGCCGGAUUCGUCGAUAUUGAGGAAAGGGAUUUCAAGAACCCCUUUGGUGGGUGGGCCAAAGACCCAAGACUCCAGGAGGUCGGCUCGUACACCCAGCUCGCCCUUGAACAGGAUGCAGAAGGUACUGUGCUCUACAUGGCUACUCUUCUAGGUUGGUCCAAGGAGGAUGUCACUGUUUACCUUGCCCAUUUUCGUCGUGAGAGUAGGUCUAAAAAGGUUCAUCCGUUUUUCUGGCAAAAGGUGGUCUGGGGCCGGAAGCCGGAGUCAUCCUGAUUGGAUAAGCUAUAGUAGAAACGCUAGAUUAUCGUCACUGAUAUUCUAUUUUCAUCGAAUCCUAUCUUAUCUCGGUAGUGACACCUUUCUGCUUAAUCUUGACAGAGCCAAUUCGUC